GCACAAAAAGCUGCUUAAAAGACUGAGAAAAACUCACCAGCUUCUCUCUCUAAAAAAGCGUGUAUAUAAAUGAAAAAUUAUGCGGAUGAAUGAAUUUAAAAAAAUUAAUUCCAAAUGAAGAAUGACGAGCAGGCGCGUACGCUGUUUGGAAUCUCGCUGAGUGGACGGCCCAGGUGGCAGCAAUUCGUCAUUUGCUCAUCUGGGUUUUUCUUUGGUUAUCUCGUUAAUGGCGUCUGCGAGGAAUAUGUCUACAAUAGACUCCAAUUCAGCUACGGAUGGUACUUUACCUUCGUGCAAGGUUGGGUGUACAUUCUCCUAAUUUAUCUCCAAGGAUUCACUACAAAGCAAAUGGUGAAUCCGUGGAAAACUUACGUAAAACUCUCCGGUGUACUAAUGGGAUCUAAUGGUCUCACAAAAGGCUCACUCGCCUUUCUCAACUAUCCAGCUCAGCUCAUGUUCAAAUCCACCAAGGUUCUGCCUGUGAUGAUAAUGGGGGCUUUUAUUCCGGGUUUGAGACGAAAGUAUCCGCCAUACGAAUAUGUAUCUGCUGUUCUUUUGGUGAUCGGUUUGAUUCUUUUCACCCUAGCGGAUGCACAAACUUCGCCGAAUUUUAGUGGAGUUGGUGUUGUGAUGGUAUCUGGUGCGUUGAUUAUGGAUGCCUUUUUGGGGAAUCUUCAAGAAGCCAUCUUUACUAUGAAUCCUCAAACAACACAGACUGAAAUGCUAUUUUGCUCGACAUUGGUGGGCAUGCCAUUCUUGAUUCCACCGAUGCUAUUUACCGGAGAACUAUUCAAGGCUUGGAAUUCAUGUUCUCGGCAUCCCUAUGUGUAUGGAGUUCUUGUUUUCGAAGCAAUGGCCACCUUUGUCGGACAAGUAUCGGUCCUUUCCCUAAUUGCACUGUUUGGUGCUGCCACCACAGCUAUGGUGACGACAGCGAGGAAAGCGGUGACUUUACUGCUGUCGUAUUUGAUAUUUACGAAACCUUUGACCGAACAACACGGGACUGGACUUUUGCUAAUAACAAUGGGGAUUGUGUUAAAGAUGUUGCCUGAUAGUAACAAACCUUCGAAGAAGCCCUUGAACUCGAAUUCUCAGACGAACAACGAAAAUAUAUCUCAAAGUGAAGAAGAUGACAGGUUUCGGAUCGAGGAUGAACAAGAAACGAGACCCUUGGUCUGAAAUUUAUUUAUUUACAUUUCAAUCUAGAUAUAUAUUAUUAGUAAUGUUUCAUCAUGUAACCAAAAGUACUAAUUAAUGUUUUCAUUUUUCGCCAUCUU